AUGCGAACACAAAGAACGAUGUAUGAUCAUGAUGCUAGCGAGCAUUCUAAAUUUUCCAAUCCUAUAAGUCGGUUGAAUGGUAGCAGAGAAGGACUCAACACCUGGAGUCAGAUGCUGCUCGCUGUCUUACUGUUGCCGUUGGUGAGCGCCGAUCUCAUUCCAAGGGAACUUUUAUUCUCUGAUCCAAAAUAUUCAUCGAUCUCAUUGAGUCCAAAUGGAAGAUUUUUCGCCUACAUUGCUCCUGAUGAGAACAAAGUGAAAAAUGUGUUCGUAAAAUGUACCUCUUGUAAAAGUACGCGGCAAGUGACUUUUGAAGAAAGCAGUGAUGUGCUUGGAUACUCGUGGACUGGUGUCCACGACGUGAUUCUCUGCACUCAGGAUCGGAAUGGUGAUGAGAACACGAUGCUUUUCAAGAAAAACAUCUCAGAGGCUGAUCUCGCAUUGGAUCGAAAUAAACGUACCGUAAUUUCUAAUCGACCUGGAGUGAAAGCGAUCGUUAUGGGCAACAACCAUAAAGAUUCACGGAUUCUUAUAGGACUCAACGAUGAGAAUCCAGUGUACCACAACAUCUACAUUUUCGAUUUGUUGACCGACACAAUGACACCACAUUUGAAGAACAGCCGAUUCCCAGUUUUUGUGGUCGAUAACGAUUUGAAUGUUCGUUUGGCGGCCGAAGAACAACCUGACGGUUCAUUGAUGUACUACAGGCUCUCCGCCAAAGCUCAGGCACCUCUUUCAUCGGACCCAUCCUUAUGGGAGCAGUACCUACUAGUACAACCGGAUGAUAGAGCUAUCACUAUGCCCGUUUCAUUCGAUAAAAGCAAUCAAUACAUGUACUGGCUGUGGGGUGAUGAUAACAUUGAUCUUGGAACCCUGGUUCUGUUCAAAUUUGAUGACCCUGAGCACAAAGAAGUUCUAUAUACCGCGACUCGCGCACAGAUUGGAAGCAUUUUGAUUCAUCCUACAGAUAAGACGGUGUUGGCCGUUACAGAGAUCUACCACAAACCAGAAUUAUUCGUUGCAAACGGUACUGUAAUGGAUGACUUACAAUAUCUCGUAAAUUUGCGACCGCAUGGAUCAUUGCAAAUUUUGUCGCUGAGUUUAGAUAUGACAACAUGGUUGGUGACAUAUUUGUCGUCUGAUAAGCCUUAUGAAGUGUUCCUAUACAGGAGCUGGGUGAAAACUGCAGAGUUCCUUUUCAACGUUCGGCCGGAACUGGAGCAGUACAAGCUUAAUAAGCAGGUCGGAUUCGACUUCAAAACUAGGGAUGAUAUGGUUCUCCAAGCAUAUAUCAGUUUGCCACCGGAGGCACCGCUUCGAUCACCGAAAGAUGUACCGGAAGCUGAUCAGGGUUACGCUAAACUUGGAAUGUUGCCGGUUGAACCGCAGAAGAUGAUAGUUCUCGUUCAUGGUGGACCAAAGGCUAGAGAUGAUUAUGGAUUUUCAGCUACGAACGCAUGGCUUACCAGUAGAGGCUACGCAGUGCUGCAGGUGAAUUUCCGAGGCAGUGUGGGAUUCGGGAAGCGCCUCACAAAUGCGGGUGACGGUGAAUGGGGCAGAAAAAUGCACUUUGACAUUCUUGAUUCCGUCGAAUUUGCAGUCGCGAAGGGAAUAGCAAACAGGUCGGAGGUUGCAAUUAUGGGCGGAAGUUACGGUGGUUACGAGACCUUGGCAGCCCUCACGUUUACUCCGGACGAGUUUGCCUGUGGUGUGGAUAUUGUUGGGCCCUCGAACCUAGUCUCACUGAUACAAGCAGUGCCACCAUAUUGGAGAGGCUUCUACAAGGAUCUCGUCCGAAUGAUGGGAGCCGACAUUGAUACAGACGAAGGCCGCCAAUCUUUGACUGCUCGCUCUCCACUCUUCUUUGCCGAACGUGUUACAAAACCGUUGAUGAUUUUACAAGGAGCUAACGACCCUAGAGUGAAACAGCAAGAAUCAGAUCAAUUCGUAGCUGCAUUACGGAAGAAAAACAUCCCCGUGUCCUAUAUCCUUUAUCCUGAUGAAGGUCACGGUUUUAGAAAGGCAAACAAUCGAUUGGCUCAAUGUGGAUUUAUCGAAAAAUUCUUGCAUUCAUGCCUUGGAGGGGAAUACGAACCAUUUGAACAAGGGCAAUACAACUCCUCUGCAAUCAUGAAAUCAGACGGAUUCCCCACCACUAUCGAAUCAAGGCCACCGACACCACCACCGUAUCCGACGCUGGCUCCUCAACUAUUCUAUCGUCCAAUUUUGCCACGUUUUGCAGCUCGGGCGUUGCCUCUUCCCACUGAUUUUCCUCCUUCUCCUACCGUACUCCUAAGAGGUCUUCCAUUUAAUCAUAGGUGA